GGAAGUUCUGUGAAAGCAGAACACAGAGCAACUCUUUUUUUUGGUCUCCGUGACCAAGUUUCUUUGGAGUUCGAGCAACACGUAGAACACCUACCGUCGAUGCAGGAUGUCAUUGGACAUGUUCAAGAACAAUUUGAAGGACUUUUCUAACCGAAGUCUGUAGAUCAGCGACUCUUCUUGAAUGUCAGUACGCAGCCUGCCCUCCAUUGAAGAAGAAUGAUAGCUCUCCGUAGAGUGCUCCGAAGGCGUUUGCACCCAGUCAAACUGGUGGCAGUGGCCCUCGUCUUUGUCACGUUCGUGUUCCUCAUACAAUGGGAAGUCGGGAGCCCGAGCCAACAGGAGGACCCGUGGCUGAAGGAGAUGGCGGUGAAGCGGGAUGCCAUGGUGGGCAUGGUGAUCGGAGCUGUCAAUAACUUCAAGGAUGUGAUUCCAAAGAUGCAGAUCCGAGCCCCCGUCCGCCAGCCGGGCGGCGCAGACCGGGUGUCUUGUCUGCCGGGUCACUACACUGCCGCCGAGCUCAGGCCGGCUCUGGAGCGGCCACCUCAGAACCCGAGUGCUCCUGGAGCCGCUGGGAAGCCUUUCCGACAAGACUUACUGAGCCCCGAGGAGCAGAAGGAGAAGGAGAGUGGGGAGGAGAAACACUGCUUCAACCUGUUUGUCAGUGACCGCGUCUCCUUGAGCAGAGACCUCGGCGCAGACACAAGACCACCAGAAUGUAUUGAGCAAACCUUCAAGCGAUGCCCCGCCCUGCCGACCACCAGCGUUAUAAUUGUGUUUCACAAUGAGGCUUGGAGCACCCUGCUAAGGACGGUAUACAGUGUCCUGCACACCUCCCCUGCCAUUCUCCUCAAGGAGAUCAUCCUGGUGGACGACGCCAGUGUAGAAGAUAACUUGAAGGACAGGCUGGAUGAAUAUUUGAAGCAGAUGAACAUUGUUCGAGUUGUCCGCCAGCGAGAGAGAAAAGGACUCAUCACCGCUCGGUUGCUUGGGGCCUCCGUGGCCACCGGUGACACACUCACCUUUCUGGACGCCCACUGUGAAUGCUUUAAUGGAUGGCUGGAGCCCCUUCUGGCCAGGAUAGCAGAUAACUACACUGUAGUAGUGAGUCCUGAUAUAACCACUAUUGAUCUCAAUACUUUUGAGUUCAUAAAACCAUCCCCAUAUGGCCAGAACCACAACCGGGGCAACUUUGACUGGGGCUUGUCCUUCGGCUGGGAAAGUCUCCCAGAUCACGAGAAACGAAGGAGGAAGGACGAAACAUACCCCAUCAAGACUCCCACAUUUGCUGGUGGCCUCUUCUCCAUCUCAAAAGAAUAUUUCUACCAUAUUGGAAGCUAUGAUGAAGAAAUGGAAAUCUGGGGUGGUGAGAAUAUUGAAAUGUCAUUUAGGGUGUGGCAGUGUGGCGGGCAGCUGGAGAUCAUCCCUUGCUCCAUUGUUGGUCAUGUUUUCCGCACCAAGAGCCCCCACACCUUUCCCAAGGGCACACAAGUAAUUGCUCGUAACCAGGUACGACUGGCGGAGGUCUGGAUGGACGACUACAAGGAGAUCUUUUACCGUCGUAACCAGCAAGCUGCACAGUUGGCAAAAGAUAGGGCCUUUGGAGAGAUCUCCAGACGCGUGGACCUCCGUGCGCGGCUGCAGUGCAAGAGCUUCUCGUGGUAUUUGAAGAACGUUUAUCCAGAAGUCUUUAUGCCUGAUCUCAGUCCACUCCGCUUUGGCUCAGUGAAAAAUGCCGGCAAAGACUCAUGUCUGGAUGUUGGAGAGAGCAAUGAGGGUGGGAAACCGCUGAUCAUGUAUCCAUGUCACGGACUCGGAGGAAAUCAGUAUUUUGAGUUCUCCACACGUCACGAGAUUAGACACAACAUUCAGAAGGAGCUGUGUUUGCAUGGGGAAAAGGGGACGGUGAAGCUGGAGGACUGCCAGUAUAAAGGCAGGAGCACAUCUGUAGGAGCAGAGCAAAAAUGGGAACUGAAGGAGAACCAGUUGUUCUACAUGCCAGGAUGGAACAUGUGUCUGAGUGCCCGUCAUGAGCACCCCUCUCUGGCCCUCUGCAACCCCUCAGACAGAUACCAGCUCUGGUCCUUCGUCUGAGUGUGCAAAAUA